GAUUCAAUGAGUUCGGAGGGCCAUCGAGAUCAGGCAACCAAUACCGAUGACCAACCACAGAACCUGGAUUCCCUGAAAACAAUCUGCGAGACCUUGGGUCAAGCCAUUGUCACAGCAGCCAUGGCGGCCUUAGAGACCCAUGCAAAUUAUUCGCCUGCCGAUUCGACACCCAACCAGAGAAACAUCCUGGCGCACACCCUGACUCAGAUGAUGGCCAAGUCAAAAAACACAGAAUACCGAGAAAGCAAACCGCAUUCGGUUAACUCGAACCGAAGGGCAGAUUUUUUGAGCUCAAUUCAACUUCUCAGUCCAACGGGAUCUGGCUGUAAGAUUGAGCGUCUUCGGUCUCCUAGCCACGAGUCAGUGGUAUAUCCGAAAACGCCGAGAGAUACAAUUAUUGCCCCGGUGUGGGUCCCACAACCAGUGGACUUGGAUUACAACACCAUAGUGUCGGGCCCUUUACCUGGACUGUGUAUCAAAAACAACCAGAUUACUCAACAUAGAGCUCAUUCCACCGUUCGAAGAGUGCCAGUAAGAAAAUUCCCAAUGGUAAAGCAAGUCUGUGCCAGCGUCAAGGGUCUGAAAGGUCCUGCAAUCAGGCGGCGGUUUCCCACAGAAGAGUUACCGCCAGUUCCACAGGAGAAGAACACUGGUCCCACAUCUCCGAACGCUGUAGUGCCCGUGAUAAAACCACCGGAGGUUUUAGAUGAUUCGCUGCCAGAUCUAGCCGUUGUCACUUUGCCUCCAGAUCCAGAUCUCUGCAGCUAUUCACAAACGGACGACCCCUGUUUGUGUAACAAAAUUUAAACAUUUUCGAUCAAUAUACCAAUAUAUAUCAAUGGAAAAUAUGCAGAAAUAUAUGAUUGAA